UUUAUUAGAGUUGGCCACUCACUUUUGAAAUUCCUUGAGUUGAUUAGCAACACAUAUUUGUGCUAGAGCGCUUGAAAUACGCCAAAUGUGAGGCAUUAUCGCCGACUCCUAGCUAGAAUUACGACAUCCUGUGUUCCUUUGACGUAAGGAUAGAAGAGAAAGUGGUCAAGGAGUAGAUAUCUGUUUUUUCGCCGUAACGUACUCUUUGUUGGAUGUUCGCGUUGGAUGACAACCGUCCAGCCCGUCGCAACAACAGCAGCAGCAGCGGUGGCGAGGCAGCAGUGAAUUUAUCAUCGCAGCAGCCGAGGGGAGAGAAGUGAACCGGAGGAAGGAGAGAGAAAGGAUUUACGGACACCGACCAAGCAUGGCUACCCAAACGACAGUAUCAUGCACUGGAUCCACUCUGUUGCAGCCAAUCAGCGAAAUUAUCAAUCUCCCCGUUGACCAGGUUAACUUUGUGGCAUGUCAGCUGUUUGCCCUGCUGAUGGCUGUGUGGUUUCGGCUCUACCUCCACCCGAGUAAGACCAGUCCUUUCAUCAGACAUGUGGUGGCCACUCUGCUGGGUUUCUACUUGGCUCUCUUCUGCUUUGGCUGGUAUUCCCUCCAUUUCCUGGUGCAGAGUGGUCUGUCCUACAGUGUUAUGAUCUUCGUAGGCCUGGAGCACAUGCAUAAGUACUGCUUCAUUGUGACGCUUAGUUAUCUGAUAGUAUGUCAGAUCACGCGAGUCUACGUGUUUGACUAUGGCAUGUACUCUGCAGAUUUUACAGGGCCCAUGAUGGUUAUAACACAGAAGAUUACCAGCUUGGCGUUUGAAAUACAUGAUGGUUUGACCAAGCCAGAGGGGCAGCUGACUCCCAGUCAGAAAUACCUAGCUAUCAGACGGAUGCCUAGCUUGUUGGAGUACUUAAGCUACAACUGUAACUUCAUGGGCAUCCUGGCAGGGCCCUCCUGCUCUUACAACGACUAUAUGGCCUUCAUCGAAGGGACGUGCUACCAGCCACGCCACCAGGAGAAUGCCAACGGCAAGGAGAAUGGAAAGUACAAGCAGAGCGAACCCUCUCCCAAGAAUGACGUCAUCUCCAAGCUGUGCACAUGUGCCAUCUCGCUGGGCAUCUAUCUGUCUCUGUGCAAGCUGCUCCCUGUGGAACACUCCAUAGACGAUGACUUUGUCAGCUCCACACCCUUCUAUCUACAGAUCAUCUAUCUUUACCUAGCCAUGCUGGCUCUCAGGCCAAAGUACUACUUUGUCUGGACACUUGCUGAUGCUAUCAAUAACGCUGCAGGAUUUGGUUUCAAUGGAUACAACAAAGAUGGCUCCGCCCGCUGGGACCUUGUAUCAAAUCUCAGAAUUCUGGACAUUGAGUUUGCCACCAGUUUCAAGAUGUUCCUAGACAACUGGAAUAUCCAGACAGCUCUUUGGCUCAAAAGGGUGUGCUAUGAGCGCUGUCACAUCAACCCCAUGGCGGCCACCUUCUUGCUGUCAGCCAUGUGGCACGGGGUUUACCCCGGCUACUACCUGACCUUCCUCACUGGCAUUGCCAUGACCAUGGCAGCACGUGCAGUAAGGCACAACAUCAGACCACACUUCCUGGUCUCCGACUCAUACAAGCGCAUAUAUGAUGUCAUCACGUGGGCAUGGACUCAGGUUGCCAUUAGUUACACAGUGGCACCAUUUGUCCUACUUGCUGUGGGACGCUCACUAAAAUUCUACAGGUCCUGGUACUACUGCUUACAUCUCCUCUGCCUGCUGGUGGUACUGGCCCUACCUGUCAGAUCAAGACGCCGACAGGCCAAAGAGCAACAGGACGGCCUACAGGACAACCAGAUGGACCACAACAGCACAGACAACAACUGCAACCAGAAAGACAAGGCCACAUGAGGCUGAGGACCGACAGUCCCUCUUCAGCAGCAGAAACACUGAGAGGAACUAGAAACCACUGAGAUCUGGAGUGUGGCGAGUCUGUGUACCCGACAAAACCAAAUAACGGACGCUCUGAGAAUCCUAACGGACAGAAAACACAAGUCAAUGUUCUGUCAAAACUUCCAGUAGCAAGGAUGACAGCAAUCACAGUUUCUGACAUGGAUAACCAGGAUAACAAUGUCCACGGUAAAAACUAAUGAAAGAUAGCGGUAACUUUACAUUACAUUAGUGGAAAUGAAGACUUCAAAGCUGCCUUAAACCCUCUAUGUACUCUGCUGGUGAAAUAACAGACGGAUGGCACGCUGCAUGAACCUAAAUGCAGCUUCAGCAUUGUGGUGUCAGGUUAUACAAACAGAUUAGAUGUGCAGUAUGUGGAGGGUUUUUGUCAAUAUCUGGAUACAAGCCUCUGUUAGGUGGAAACGGAAAAUGUGUUCAUGUUAAAGAAACAUAACCUUUAUCAUCAGCUGCCAACUUCAAACAGGCCUUAGGAUCCUCAAAACAUCAUUCUAUGUCUUUUUAAGAACCUUUAUUGGAGAAGAAUUCACAUUGUACGUGUUUUGUAUUUAGAUGUUUGUGGCAACACUAUUCAAUUCCAUUCUCAAUGCUUUUUUCUGGGAUAAAUUGAGUGAAAUAGUCCCAGAGUGGAAUAAAGAUCUCGUCCGCCUCCCGCAGUGGAAAGUCUAAAAGAGACACUCAAGAGUUAAAUGGGUUUCUGUUUGUUUCUACUUUUUUCAUAUCUGCUGCUUUUUUGACAAGUAUGACUCAUCAGAUAAACGUGUGUUUCAAAGGGAGUAAAUCAACUCUGAUGUGACUUCCAUUUCUUCUUGAAGGAUUUCUGACGUUGUUUCUGUGAUUUUCUUUAUUUUUUCACACAACAGUUUUACUUUGUGUUCACAUGUCUUGCCUCUAUAAAAAAAAAAGUAUCCAAAACUAUUCGAUUAAUGUCAGUCCUAAAGAAUGUAGUUGUAUAAUUGGGGAAACACAAAGUAUACUAACAUGACCGUUGAACUCUUGCACAGUUUAUUUGUCCUACAAAUAUGGCUUGAAUCUAGUCCAAUACUCCCAUUCAUUUAAGGCUCUGGGAUGUACAUUUCUAAUGGUUUUGCAGCCAUAAUUAUAACAAGCCAAUUUAAUCAAAUUGUCACUACAUAAAAGCACUUUUGUUUUCGGCUGCAAUCUAUGUAAGAGUGCAAUUUGAACCUGUCUGUGAGGAAAUGUGACACGGUAAUUAAUGUAUGUCACAUAGUAAUAUUGUUAAAAAUUCAAAGACAUAGACCAGCUGUUGUGGUGAAGGGUCUUAUUUCAUAUUGUGUGGUCUUAUGUUAGAAUAGGGGAUCUUUCAGGGUGCAUUUACUGUAGGGUAAAAGCGACACUGGUUUCUCACGUAUUUUUGGCUCACCUUAAGCCUUUUCAAAUCAUCCUGUUUACUCUUCAUAACAUUCAGCUAUUCAAAACCGCCACACCGUGUUACAUUUUUGUAUCAUUAAACUUUUUUAUGGAAGAAGUCAAGAAAAUUGUGAUGUAGAGGAGGCGACCUGAAAGGCACCCCACUGAUAUUUAGACAGUCAAGAGUCACAUUUGUAUGUAUCUGUUAGAGCAGGAUAUAGUAUUUCAAGCCCGCAAUAUCAUGAACACUUUGAAGUCGUACAUUUUUUUCAUCUAAUCGUCAGUAAUUUAUUUUGGUUUGGUGCAUUUGCGUUAUGUAAAAUAAUAACCAAGCUGCAGAGGUGAGCUUUACAUUACUUUUAAAGAUUUUCUAACAUUUGCAUAUUCCUGCCAUAACUGUGUGUGUGUGUGUGUGUGUGUGUGUGUGUGUGUGUGUGUGUGUGUGUGUGUGUGUGUGUGUGUGUGUGUGUGUGUGUGUGUGUGUGUGUGUGUGUGUGUGUGUGUGUGUGUGUGUGUGUGUGUGUGUGUGUGUGUGUGUGUGUGUGUGUGUGUGUGUGUGUGUGUGUGUGUGUGUGUGUGUAUAUAUACCAGUAUUCAUGUGAUCCUUACAUGUUGAUGUGGUCUCAUGUAAACUAUAUUUGUAGCCUGGGCCCUGCGUAGGCAACGUGGCCCACCUAAGGUAAAGGGAUGUCAUUCUACCAACAGCGAUUAUUGCACUGCAUGGCCACUCAAACCAGCAGACCAAUGCAAACGGCUCCAUAUGUCCAAAGUGCCAAAUCAUGAAUGGCGCAUUUUUGUUUUGUCUUUAUGUGAGCAUGCGUGCCUGGGCGUGCGUUUGUGUGUGCAAAUGUUUCCAUGUAGUAUGUGUGUGCGUGCCUGUGUAACAUAACGGUUAUUUUUGUGUCAGAAGGAAAUUUAUUGAAAGAUUUGUAUAACAGUACAUUAAAAUUCUGAUUUAUGUGGCAAAUAAAGAGAAAUUAUUUUUAAACACUUAAA